ACUGUUCUAAUUUUAUCAGGAGAGCACCACACGGGGGAGAAUAAAACACCAGAAACAACCACUUCACCGACCCUGGGUGACAGAAAGGAUGACCAAGUAGAUGGACACAUAGCUGGAACUGAUGAUGAAACACCAGGCACCAACAACAUAGUCUCUGAGGAUGAUGAAGGAGUCCUGGUAACUCCCGAGGAAGAAAAGGAUGUGCAGGAGGACAUAGCCUCCCCACAGACAGCAGUGCUACAGCAAAUCUCAGUUACGGAAGAGAGCGACAAACAGACAACUGAUGUUGAAAACAUUGGCCCAACUACUGAGCAGAACGCUGCUGAACCUAUAGUUCCGGCGAAUACUGGAAUUCUUGGAGGAAAUAUAACAUACCUGGGUAUAUGUAUAGUGUUAGUUCUUGCCAUCCUGGUGCAGCAUCUUCGCCAACCUGAAUCUCCACCUCAGAAAAACGAUACGCGGAAAAUAGACAUCUUCCUCGAGCAGAUGGAAAAGGUGAAGGCUCAGUUCCCUAACCAGCGCGCUGAGCUCUGGAAUAGGAGCAAGAUCCACCUGCUGAAGCAUCUCCCAGCGCAGCCCACAGAGCCAGUCAGUCUGAUCCUGACUGCGGCUCAGAGCGAGAAGACACUGCAGUGCCUGGCUCAGGGCCUGGCCUCCGCCUUCUCUUCUGCCCUCAGCGCCUCCGUCCUCCAAAUCGAUGGAGCCAGCAAAGCCCGCCAGGACAGCGACCAGGUCAAACUGGACAUCGACAACAACUUGCAGGGAGCUUUCGAAGGAGACAAACCCGUGGCUGUCAUUCACCGCUUCGAGGAGCUGCCUCCAGGUUCCACCCAUUUUUAUCGCUACUGCGACCACGAGAACGCUGCCUACAAGAAGACUUGUCUGAUGUUCACAGUACUGCUGGGAGAAGAAGAGGAGAUUCCCGCCAACAGUCAUUUGAGUAUUGUGGAGGAGAUGGUGGACGACCAUCUUCAGAAGAAGUUCCUCUCUGAUGAGCAUCCUGUAUCUUAUGACAGGAUGGACCUUGACAAGUAUGGUGGACUCUGGAGUCGUAUUUCUCACCUCAUCCUCCCUGUGGUAGCAGAGGAAAGGAUCGAACAUGAAGGAUGCUCUGAGACAUGA